CGAGCGGCGUCAUUCGAUUGUAAACAAGCGAACCCAGCGAUUCAAGCGAUUCUCAAGCGACUUUACAAGUGAUUAAUCUGCAAUGGCGCUCUUAUUACUCGACGAAUUACGUCCUCGUCGUCUUCGGGACCAACUUUUUGGUCUCGAUUUGUCGCCGGACGAUUUCCUAAUGGACAUUUUCGACCGGCCGUCUGUGCAGCGGCGCUACUCUCGUCCUUGGCGAAAUUUGGCUCUGGCGGCUCGGGAUGUCGGAUCCACCAUCAAAACCGACAAAGACAAGUUUCAAGUCAACAUGGACGUCCAGCAUUUUGCUCCUGAGGAGAUUUCUGUGAAGACUGCAGACGGUUGCGUGGUCAUUGAAGGAAAACAUGAAGAGAGGAAGGAUGAACAUGGAUACAUCUCCAGGCAGUUCAAACGAAGAUAUACCUUGCCUGAGGACUGCAAUCCUGACACUGUGGAGUCCAGAUUGUCAUCUGACGGAGUCCUGACAGUGGUAGCGCCUAGAGCGUCGGAGAGUAAAGGCGAAAGGGCGGUCCCUAUCACCCACACCGGACCGGUGAGGAGGAAGCAUCAUGAUGAAGAAGAUGGAGAUGAGAAGAAGCUGGAGAAAAUGGAGAAUGGAGAAGAGGAGAAAGCGCCUCAGAAAAAGAGACGACGCUAGAUGCUACGUUAGGUUUUAGGUUUUGCUUAGGUUAACCCAUUCCAGUAUUUUGAAGACUGAUUUUUCUAAUAAAUGAUUCGUUCAAAUUAA